AUGAUCAACGUAUACAAACCAGCAUUACAAAGUAGAGAUAUUGCGUCUUACAAUAAUGAGUCCACUACUGAUUCCAUCUUGCAAUACAGCGGAAACUCGACAUCCACUCCCAUCUUACCAUUCAACUACACCAUUGAAGGAUUAACUAGAGAUGUGUAUCCAAAACCUUUGCAUUCACAUAACGAUUAUUGGAGAAAGCAUCCCUUGUUUGAUGCAUUAAAUGUGGGUGCGAUAUCCAUUGAAAGUGAUAUUUGGCAUUUCCCACAAACUUACAAGCUACAACGCACAACCACUGAAUCCACAGAUGUUACAACAACGCCCAAUGAAACGUUGUAUUUUAACAGCAGUGAAGUUUAUGUGGGCCACAAUCAAGUCUUUUUACAUCCAAUAAAUACCUUGUUCAACUUGUACUUGAAUCCAUUGUAUCAGUUUUUCAAAUACGCCAAUCCCAGCUUUGAUUUUGUUGAUGGCGGUGAAGGUAGUCCGUUUAUUGGUGAUGAAGCAAAACAUGGUAUAUUUUACAAUGACCCGGAACAGCCAGUCUACCUUUGGUUUGAUUUCAAGACUGAGCCUAAUGGAACUUAUGAAGCUUUGAAACCGUUGUUGCAACCUUUUAUUGAUGAUGGUUUGUUAACUUUCUACAAUACAAGUGAUGAUUCUCUCCAUGAAGGACCUUUGAUUUUAACAAUAACGGGGAAUUUACCAAUUGAAAAAGUGAGUGAAGAAGAAGUGAGAUAUACAUUCUUGGAUGCUCCAUUGAGUUACUUCAACUCAUCAGGAAAUGACGACGAGUUACAGAAAUGGUCGAAAUUGUCAAGAGUUGCAAGUGGAUCCAUCAAGGGCUUAGUGGGUGAUGAUUACAACUCCACAAUUAGGAACGAAUUCACCGAUGACCAGAAAAAGAAUCUCAAGGAAUAUUUCGAUAAAGCACAUGAGUACAACUUGAAAACAAGAAUAUGGGGUGACAUUACUUGGCCCUGGAACUUGGUUGAUCUGCACUUGUGGGAUUUGUAUCAAGCAGGAACAGAUUUAUUAAAUGUGGACGAUUUGAAAAGAGCUGACAAACUAUUCCCCAUAACAUAG